UCAAUUCUACCUCUUUUUACACAUCUCAAUCUAAUCAACUUCAACUUAUCCCUAUUCACAUCAAGAUGGCCUCUCCUCGGAUCGGUAACUUGAACUUCCCAUAUUUCCCAUACCCACCUUACCACCCUGUUGCUCCACCUCCUCAUGUACGCCCUCCACCACCGCCAUCUCACCCUUUUGCUCCACCUCCUCACAUACACCCCCAACCACCAUCACACCCUUUUGCUCCACCACCUCCUCACGUACGCCCUGUGCCACCACCAUCACCAUCGCCGGACAACCAUCCGACAGUAAUAGUCAUUGUGUUCAUCUCACUUGGAGGGCUUUUCUUCCUCGCAUUCCUUGCAGCUGCUCUAUUUUGCUUCAUCAACAAAAGAAAGAAGACAGUUGAAGAAACUGAUAUCAUUCACGUCGACGAACACCGGACGAUCAAGGAGGCUAUCAUACCAGGGCCCCAUGGACCCAGGGCUGUGGUAUUGUCAAUUGAUGACGAUAUUCAUAUCGACGAAGUGAUCAGGAAGAAUGAGAAGUUUGGUACCGAAGGUUUGCAUGCUAAGUCAGCUGAAGGAAAAUCUGGCACCCUUGAUCAGGAAGGAGCGACUUCUUCUGGUAUCGAUCAUCACCACCACCACCUGGAACACAAGUCUUGAAUAAUGUCCUUCACCAUCCCAAGGACCUCAUGCUCAUUCCAAAUGAUUCAACGUUCGAAAUAAUUAACACAACUGCAUAAGAUUCAGUUGAAAAUAAAUAAAAAACUGAAACAAGUGAUCAGCGUACAAAAGCGUUGUAAUUUUUUCAAGGCAAGUGAUUGACUGAAGUUUCAAUGCUAUAUAUUUGUACCAGUAACAGUACUGAUGAAUUAU